UAAUGGCGCUGUUAGGUUUACCAUUUGAAACCGUGCCAAAUAUUGUGGAAAUACUUGCAGUAAUGUGAGCGCGAUGACCAUCAAAUAAAUCAAUCUGCAUUCUGGAGAUUAAGUUGCUUGUUAUUUGAGAGUUGUUUUUUGUUAUUUUGAUGCGCAUGGUUGUUUUUUGAUACAUCGCGGUGUGUUUGGAAAGCUUCAGCCAAAAUGUCGGCAGGUUCUAACGCCGGUGGCGUGCUGCCACCGGAGCAAAUAGGUUACAUCCCUGAUAAGUUAAAGAAAGCAGAUAAACGUAUUGAAGCGUUCCCAUACGACACUGAAGCAUGGAGUGUCCUUAUUCGAGAUGCACAGAUGAAACCCAUCGAGAUUGCCAGGCAGGUGUACGAGAGACUGGUCACGCAAUUUCCCAAUGCAGGCAAAUACUGGAGGAUUUAUAUAGAACAAGAGUUAAAAGCGAAGAAUUUUGAGAGGGUUGAAAAGCUCUUUCAGCGAUGCCUCGUCAAGGUUCUCAGUAUAGAUCUCUGGAAGUUGUAUCUGAACUAUAUCAAAGACACAAAGGGAAAACUUCCAUCCUAUAGAGAAAAGAUGGCCCAGGCAUAUGAUUUCGCCCUGGACAAGAUGGGGAUGGACAUAAUGUCAUACCAAAUCUGGGUCGACUACAUCAACUUCCUCAAAUCAGUGGAGGCGGUGGGCUCGUAUGCAGAGAACCAGCAGAUUACGGCAGUCAGGAAAGUGUUCCAGAGGGGCGUGGUCAAUCCCAUGAUUAACAUAGAGGGACUCUGGAAGGACUAUUGUCAAUAUGAACAGAGUAUAAACCCAUUAAUUGCCAAAAAAAUGACAGAGGACAGGGGUAGGGAGUAUAUCAAUGCCAGGAGGGUGGCCAAAGAGUAUGAGGCGGUUACGAGGGGCCUCAACAAGAAUCUCCCCUCAGUGCCCCCACAGAAUAACCCAGAUGAGGCCCAGCAGGUUGACUUGUGGAAGAAGUAUAUCGCCUGGGAAAAGGGUAAUCCCCUCAGGACAGAGGAUCACGCCCUAAUCACAAAACGAGUUAUGUUUGCCUAUGAGCAGUGUCUAUUGUGUUUGGGGCACCACCCUGACAUCUGGUACGAAGCAGCCACGUACCUUGAACAGUCCAGCAAGAUCUUAACAGAAAAAGGGGACCAGAAUGCUGGGAAAAUGUUUGCGGAUGAAGCUGGGUCGGUCUAUGAGAGAGCCGUCACAACUCUGAUGAAAAACAACAUGCUGGUGUAUUUUGCUUAUGCAGAUUUUGAAGAGAGUAGAAUGAAGUAUGAAAAGGUACAUGGUAUAUAUAAGAAACUGUUGGCUGCUCAAGACAUCAAUCCAACUUUGGCAUUUAUUCAGUACAUGAAGUUUGCUAGGAGAGCAGAGGGAAUAAAAUCAGCCAGACAGAUCUUUAAGAUGGCCCGGGAAGACAAUCGUACGAACUACCAAGUAUUUGUGGCAGCUGCACUGAUGGAGUAUUACUGUAGCAAGGAAAAGACAGUUGCUUUGAAGAUCUUUGAGCUUGGUUUAAAGAAAUAUGGUGGAAUUCCAGAGUAUCUGCUAUGCUAUAUGGAUUUUAUGUCUCAUUUGAAUGAGGACAACAACACUCGAGUCCUGUACGAGCGAGUCCUGUCCUCUGGGCAGGUGCCCCCUGAGAAAUCCAUUGAGAUCUGGAGUCGGUUCCUGGCCUUUGAGUCAGAGGUGGGGGACCUGGCCAGUAUACAGAAGGUGGAGAAGAGGCGAGCUCAAGCCAUCGAAAAGGUCCAGGAAUUUGAGGACAAAGACACAGCUUUGUUAAUAGACCGGUACAAAUACCUAGAUCUCUACCCAUGUACCACAAGUGAGCUCAAGGCUGUGGGAUACUUCGAUUUAGCCCGGCAGCAAGUAGUCACUCUGCCUUCCAACUCGGUGACAAAGGUUGUUCUGGAGGAGGAGGAGAGCAAGAAUAAACCACAGUACCCCAAACCGGAUGUAGAGCAGAUGAUAGCCUUCAAACCCAGGCAAAUUGUUUCUGUGGGGGCCCACCCGGUCCCUGGGGGAGAGUUUCCACCACCCCCGUCCGCCGCCAACCUCAUCUCACAGCUACCACCACCCGACUGUUUUCAUGGUCCUUUUGUCAUAAUGGAUAAGUUUAUAGAACAUUUCAACAAUCUGGUGCUUCCAGAAGCUCCAGUUGGAACAGAAAAUGGCAUUGACGGCACGUUUAAACUCGACCCGGGAACACAGCUCUCUAUAGACUUCGCUUUGGGCAGAAAACGAAAAGUCACAGAGGGCGAGGAUAGUGAUGAAGAGGGAAAACACGUUGUGCAUUGGUUUCGGAAAGGACUUCGCUUACACGACAACCCAUCUCUACGCGAGGCGUUGAAGGGUAGUUUGUCUUAUCGGUGUGUUUACAUCCUCGAUCCUUGGUUUGCUGGGUCAUCGCAGGUUGGGAUCAACAAAUGGAGGUUUUUACUGCAAUGUUUGGAGGACCUUGACACAUCUCUGCGGAAAUUGAAUUCCAGAUUAUUUGUUCUACGGGGCCAACCCACAGACUUAUUCCCAAAGAUAUUUAAGGAGUGGAACAUCACAACCCUGUCAUUCGAGGAAGAUCCGGAGCCGUUUGGCAAGGAGCGGGAUGGAGCCAUUCAGAUGUUGGCGAAGGAGGCGGGGGUGGAGGUCAUCGUCAAGACUUCCCACACGCUCUACGACCUUCAAAAAAUAAUCGCUAUGAAUGGAGGCUCACCUCCCCUGACUUACAAACGCUUUCAGUCAGUCCUCGCCAAAAUGGAGGCUCCUAGCGAACCAGAGGAAACCAUCAACAGCGAAUUCCUGGUGAAAACGAAAACACCGAUCGCAGAGGACCACGACGACAAAUACGGGGUACCCACGUUAGAGGAAUUAGGGUUUGAUACAGAAGGUUUGGGUCCGGCAGUGUUUCAUGGCGGGGAGGCCGAGGCUUUAACCAGACUAGAGAGACACCUGGAACGAAAGGCCUGGGUAGCCAGUUUUGAGCGACCCAAGAUGUCCCAGCAGUCCUUGUUUCCCAGUCAAAAUGUCCUCAGUCCCUACCUUAGAUUCGGUUGUCUGUCUGCUCGCCUGUUCUACUGGAAGCUGAGAGAAUUAUACAGAAAGGUAAAAAAGCGAAAAGACCCUCCAUUGUCCCUGCAUGGUCAGCUGUUAUGGAGGGAAUUCUUCUACACGGUGGCCACAAACAACCCAAAUUUUGACCGAAUGAAAGAUAACCCUCUCUGUGUGCAGAUACCUUGGGACAAGAACCCUGAAGCUUUGGCGAAAUGGGCAGAGGGUAAGACUGGGUUCCCGUGGAUUGAUGCUAUCAUGAUGCAGCUGAGACAGACCGGAUGGAUUCAUAACUUGGCCCGUCACUCAGUGGCCUGCUUUCUGACCCGCGGUGACCUCUGGAUCUCAUGGGAAGAAGGAAUGAAGGUGUUUGAGGAGCUAUUACUGGACGCGGACUGGAGUGUCAAUGCAGGCAUGUGGAUGUGGCUGUCCUGUAGCUCCUUCUUCCAGCAGUUCUUCCACUGCUACUGUCCCGUCGGCUUUGGUAAAAGGGCCGACCCCACGGGCGACUUUAUCAGAACAUAUUUGCCAGUACUUAAAGGCUACCCAGCCAAGUACAUCUAUGAGCCAUGGACAGCCCCAGAAAGUGUCCAGCGUGCGGCCAAGUGUAUCAUCGGCAAAGACUACCCAGUGCCCAUGGUGAACCAUGCGGAGGUCAGCAAACUGAACACGGGGCGCAUGAAGCAGGUGUACCAACAGCUGGCUGUGUACGCCUCCAUAGCAUCUGUUCCUAAGCAAAUCCACUCAGAAGAACCUUACAGCAAGCACGAAAAAGCAAUGCAUUCUGGGAACCAUCCAUCACGGGUAGCCAUGUUGGAAAACACUGACCGUGGAAACCACAGCCAGAUGUCAGCAUAGGAAGAGGAAGGGCAACAGCAACAGUUCCUGGCGGCAUAGCGAGAGGAGCCGGUGAUUGGAGACUUCGAACAUUGAACGCAUUGAUGUGUUGUAGAAACUUCUACUUUUCUAAGGAGUCCACAAACAAGAAGUUGAUAUAUUUGUUGUAGAAACUUCUACUGUCGUUAGGAGCCCACCAAAAUAAGGGGAUGAGCAUUAUUGAUGUGUCAGAAACUUCAACUGUUGAGGGAGACUUCUCAAAAUGACACUACUGUGCAAGUUACUGAAUGGUAAAUAUUUCAUCAGCCUUGGUGCAAAUGUUAUUGAUCACGUGGGAUAUAGUGUCAUGGACUCUCCUUUUGAGAGAGUGGAAAUUGCGAUAUCUGAUCAUGAUGAUAUAUCGUAAAUGUAGAUUGUGCUGAAAUUUGAAGUGGAUCGGACAUUUUAUAAUGAAAGGUUAACUCCAUCAUUAUUAGUGAGUUGAGUGGAAUAAUUCUUGGAAUUGACAUGUUUCCAGGAAAUUUUGAAGAUUUUAGUUGAAUGACAGAAUCUUCAAAUUUGGAGAGAAAAAACAUUAAAGUGCAAUACUUUUGCAUGUCUCUACA